GUUUCUACUUUGCAGUCUAGAGGUAAUAAUGAUAUAACCUUUACAAUAUUUACUUUCUCAUUGGAUUCGUUUUUUUCUCUUUGCAUCUCAUGUUCUAGAUAGAUAGAUAGAUAGAUAUUGAGUGUCAUACACAAGAUAAUUAUCUUGAGUUAAGGAAAAAAAAUGCAUGGUUUUAAGCUCUUUGAUAGAUUCAAGAGCACACAAGUCCAUGCUUUAAGCCCCCAAGAUAACAACUCCGGUUCAAGAGGAAAACUUCCAAAAUCUAAAUUUACAAUCUCUGGCUCAGGAGCUCAAGCUUUACUUCCUUAUGGACUCCCAACAACUGAGCUCCUUGAACCCCCUAUAGACUAUUACUUGCAGCCUAUAGACUAUGUGGAAUCUUUAGCUGAAAUUCAUAGACGCCUGAAUACUUGCUCACUAACGGAUAAGUCAAUAUUAUGCAUCGAGCAGUAUUCGAUUUUGCGAGGAUUAGGUGAUCCUAAGUUGCUUAGAAGGUGCCUUUGCGCAGCGAGGCAAUAUGCUUUUGAUGUGCACUCGAAGGCAGUGCUUUCUGCUUGGUUAAGGUUUGAGAGGAGAGAAGAUGAGUUUAUUGGUGUGUCAUCAAAGGAUUGUAGUGGGUACAUCCUUGAAUGUCCAAUGGCUGCUUUGGUUUCUGGAUACGAUCCGAACUCGAUUUAUGAUCGUUGCCAAUGUUUUCAAGAUGAUCUUGAGGCAUUUCGUAGUCAAAUAUCGGUGGGGAAUGAGAGCUCGAGUUUGGAGGAGGAUGGUGAUGUUUCAUUUUGCAUUGGUGAUAAUGAGAGCUCGAGUUUGGAGGAGAAUGGUGAUGUUUCAUUUUGCAUUGGUGAUGAGCUGGUUCAUUGUGUUAGAUUCAAAAUUGCUUCUCUUUCGGGCCCAUUUAAGGCUAUGCUAUAUGGUAGCUUUGUGGAGUCAAGAAGAGAUAAGAUUGAUUUUUCGAAGACUGGGAUAUCAGUGGAGGGGAUGAGAGCAGUGGAAGUGUACAGUAGGACUAGGAGAGUUGAUUUGUUUUGCCCUGCGAUUGUUUUGGAGUUACUUUCUUUUGCAAACAUGUUUUGUUGUGAGGAGUUGAAAUGUGUUUGUGAUGCUCAUUUGGCUUCGUUGGUCUGUGGGAUUGAGGAUGCAUUGAUUCUUAUUAAUCAUGCCUUGGAAGAAAGGGCAAAUCUUCUCGUAGCCUCUUGCUUACAGGUGUUUCUAAGAGAGCUUCCAAACUCUCUGUAUAACCACAAAGUGAGGGGUGUUUUUUGUAUCCCGGAGGCAAGGGAGAGAUUGGCCAUGCUGGGGCACGCUUCAUUCUUCCUCUAUUAUUUCCUGAGCCAGGUUGCUAUGGAGGAGAAUAUGGCACUGAGCACAACAGUGAUGUUAUUGGAGGGGUUGGAAGAGUUUGCUACAGAAAAGUGGCAGAAAGCACUUGCUUUGCAUCAACUAGGUUGUGUAAUGCUUGAGAGAAAAGAAUACAAGGGUGCCCAAUUUUAUUUUGAGGCAGCUGUUGAUGCAGGUCAUGUUUAUUCAUUAGCAGGUGUUGCUAGGACCAAAUACAAACAAGGGCAACAGUAUUCAGCAUUUAGGUUGAUGAACUCUCUUAUUUUUGAAUAUAAACCAUUAGGGUGGAUGUACCAAGAGCGAUCUCUGUAUGGUGUUGGACGGGAGAAAAUAAUGGAUUUGAAUACUGCAACUGAACUGGAUCCAACCCUUUCAUUUCCAUUCAAAUUCAGAGCUGUUAUGAAGGUGGAAGAGAAACAGAUUAGGGCAGCUAUUCAAGAGAUUGAUAAAAUUAUCAGGUUCAAGCUCUCACCUGAUUGUCUUGAGUUGAGGGCAUGGUUUUUCAUUGCUCUUCAAGAUUAUGAAACUGCUUUGAGGGAUAUUCGAGCAUUAUUAACCUUGAAGCCUAAUUACAUGAUGUUCCAUGGGAAGGUGAGUGGAGAUCACUUGGUUGAGCUUCUCAGCCAUCGCGUUCGGCAAUGGAGUAUGGCUGACUGCUGGAUGCAACUUUACGAAAGAUGGUCUUCUGUUGAUGACAUUGGCUCUCUGGCUGUCAUACAUCAGAUGCUGGUAAAUGAUCCUGCAAAGAGCCUACUAUGGUUUCGACAAUCUUUGCUUCUUUUGCGGUUAAAUUGUCAGAAGGCAGCAAUGCGCUGUCUGCGAUUGGCUAGAAAUCAUUCCAGUUCUGUGCAUGAACGACUGAUAUAUGAAGGAUGGCUUUUAUAUGACACUGAUCAUCGUGAAGAAGCUCUCUCUAAAGCUGAGAAAUCCAUUUCGAUCCAGAGGUCAUUUGAAGCUUUCUUCCUUAAGGCAUAUACAUUAGCUGAUACAAAUCUGGAUCCUGAAUCUUCAUCUACUGUCAUCCAACUUCUGGAGGAAGCUCUUAGAUGCCCUUCAGAUGGUCUUAGGAAAGGACAAGCAUUAAAUAAUUUAGGAAGUAUUUAUGUGGAUUGUGGUAAGCUGGAUCAGGCUGCAGACUGCUACAAGAAUGCCCUUAACAUCAAGCACACAAGAGCUCAUCAAGGUCUGGCACGUGUCUAUCAUAUAAAAAAUCAACGAAAAGCUGCAUUUGAUGAGAUGACCAAGCUAAUAGAGAAGGCACAUUACAGUGCAUCAGCAUAUGAGAAACGAUCAGAAUACUGUGACCGCGAGAAGGCAAAAGACGACCUUAAGAUGGCAACACUUCUGGAUCCUCUAAGAACAUACCCAUACAGAUACAGAGCAGCUGUGCUAAUGGAUGACCAAAAGGAAGCUGAAGCUCUAGAAGAGCUUACUAAGGCCAUAGCUUUCAAGCCUGAGUUGCAAAUGCUCCAUCUUCGAGCAGCAUUUUAUGAAUCAAUGGGAGACAAAACCUCUGCUCUUCAAGAUUGUGAGGCAGCUCUCUGCCUGGACCCAAACCACUCAGACACACUUGAUCUGUAUAAUAGAACACAAGACCAAGCUACACGAAGCAUUUGAGCUUUUCUUUUUCAUUUUUUUGAAAUCAUGGCCUAUCAGACAUCCAGCGACAAAACCAUCCCAGCUAUGAGAAGGAAGGACUGCAUAAAGAAGCUGUAAUGAACUCAUUAGUAUAUACAUCUUAAUGGUAUUGAUGAUAGAGCUAGAAAAGAGUGUUGCAAACUGCAUUUGGACAAUGCCCUUGCAGAUAGUUAUUUACAGUCUGCAUCAAGAAGCUGUAAUGAACUCAUUAGUAUAUAGAUCUUAAUGGUAUUGAUGAUAGAGCUAGAAAAGAGAGUUGCAAACUGCAUUUAAACAAUGUCCCUCGCAGAUCGUUCUGUAUAGGCAUGACCACAUGAUCGAUUAGUGGUAUGGGAUUGAUGCUGGAAGGGUUCAUGUACAGCAACUUCAUGCUAUUGAUACUAUAGAAAGUUACAGGUUUCACAAUUAAUCUCUCAUUAGAAACAGGAAUUAUUUUCCUUCUUCCUCCUUGAGUUCAUUCGUGUACAUGAACAAAAGCCAGGGUAGGGAUUUAAAUCUUUUUGUUGUGUCAUGCUUUUCUUUAAACUAAAGAUGGCAGAGGUGAUGUUCUCGAGUUAA